AACCGCUGCAACUUUCUUUGCACCCGCUACCAGCGGUCUUGGCCGGCUACCUCACACGGCGGUCCCGCCACGCCCUCCGUGCCAAUUCCUGACCUGCAAACCAGACGCCCACUGCCGUGUCCAUCAACCGCCCGCCUCAUCCCGCAAAUCAUCCAUCUCAACUCUGUCGACCUGAACCACCGCAUCGCUGCCUCCCCACCCUAAUAUCUCUGCAUCCUCGCCGCUACCGUCAUCAGAUACAGUCCACGCGCCUUCAUUUACAUCAGUAGAUACUUGCGCUCUGAUCGACGAUAGCGCACUCGUCGCCCUCACCCUGCAGCAUGCGCAACUCCCCAACGCACACAUAGCUCACCACGACGCCGCAGCAGCUCAAGGUCACCGACAUGCAUCCGAUCACCGGCGCCGACGCUGUCGAACCCGUCCACGGCGGCCAACCGAGGGCACGAGGUGACAGCGUCAUCGAGCAACCAGAUCUGUUAGCCGGGCUCUGGCAGGAGGCGCCUUUCGCCCGCCUCCCUGACGAUGCGCCCCCGGAACUUCAAGCCCUGGUUCGAGACGUCGAGAAUCCACGCCGCGUGUACGCUAUCUAUCGGGCCAGCCGGCGGCACGACUUCCAGCUCCUCGUCGACAGGUACGUUAGGCUUCAUAAUCAAGCUCCCUACGGCCUGCCCUUUAUUGAUCAGUAGCAGAUAUGUGGUUCAGCUUCGAAACGGCUGCGGCUCCCCCAAGUGUUCGACCGCGACGUGUUUCACCUGUCGAAAACGACUUGCAGGCAAAGCGCCCAUUCGACGGUAUAACCCCACGAGCGCAAGGACGCUGGCCGUUUAUCUCGCGAGCCAAGAUAAUCCCGACAAGGGCCUCUGUCCGGACCUCCACCGAUCCAAGGAGCCGCCCGCGGCCACCAACACACUCAUCUUCGGGGCCAAGUUCCCACCCCCGCCGCCACAGACUCACAAACGCCAGGGGCAUGCAUCUGUGCCGGUCAAACGAAUGACCAAAGCCGCAGACGACGUGGAUCCCGCUCCGACAAAACACCGCAGUUCGUCUUCCCCCGGCAGACAUCACGACGUCAGCCCCGAACCUACAGGCGGUUCAAGACAUGAUGCGAAGGGUCGGACCACGGCAACGCAGCCAGGGCCAAAGCUUAGCAUUUCAGAGCGACCAGCUACGAAGGAUUAUAGAUCGUUCGCAGCUACCGUCUUCGGCACGGCAGCGUUCAAAAUGCUAGAGUGGCUCACGCCACAGGGCAUCGAACAUAUCUCUCGAUCCCUCCGCGAUGUAUCCGACGAAGGGACGGCCGAAAAUGUUGAGGGUCUCGAUACUACAACAGUUCAUGAAGUGCACUCAACACCUGACGCGAAGCGCGUUCCUCCGGAAGCAACUGAACCCAACCAACACGGCCGUGAGGCGAGCCCAGCAAGUCAUGAACCCAACAGGCGAGCGGCAAGCCGCACAAAAUCAGAAGAUCCAGAGUUGCCUCGGCAUACCCCUAGGCACAACCGGGGCACCAAAGGCUCACUCCGAGCUCCACUGUCUCCCGAAUCUAAGCGACGAGGUUCUUUGGAAACCAAGAGUAUACCAGCCAAAGAGGAGACUAAGGCAACGCCUAAGAGUACACCGCUGAACAGUUUUCACCCGGAUAAGAGACAGCGGGCUGCGCGGCUUGCGCCAAGCGUCGUCGCCAGAGGCGUGCCCGAGAUCCCCUCAAAACCAUCAUUUUUCGAGAAUGUACCCGUCUUGUCGCCGCCGGCCGUCGAGGAAGUAAGAGAACCCGAAGCGAGCUCCUCCGGCCAGGACGACACCGACAACGAAGGUACAGAUGGUGUCAACAGCCCCCUUGAAAAUCGACCCAACACGCCAGUAAAGUCGGACUUUGCUGAGAUAGCUUCAGAGGACACCCCAUGGAUCGAAUAUCCACUACCGCAGUCCCUGAGUCGGCUUGACGUUGAGCUAGUUGACUUCAUCUGCGACACCUUCCACGAAGAUCGGACUGCAGAAAGGCAGUUCUAUGGCCCCCUGCUGGCCUCCGAGAUUUACCCUACUCCUCAAAACCGACCUCGGUCACUCGUCCGGCGGCGUCGACCGGGUCAGAGUGUUCCCCGAGCGCAGUGGAAAGCCUUCAACGAGCAAACAAUCUUUGACGUUUUCAGCGACCCACACUCUCUCGUCCAUUCGUUCACUCAGAACGGGAAGCUUUACGAUUCGCAGACCUUGUGGUAUUGCAUGCUCCGCAUGACUCGGGCUGCGCCAAGUCUUGUCCUACAUAGCCUCUGGAUGGCCGCCAAGAGUCUCUUCGUGCCUCCAGAGUCGCUUAAGAACGUGCGUUCGCAGACCGGAAAGCUUCUCGGCGGUGAUAUCGAUUCGCUCAGCAAUUUCGAGGCUGGAUGCGUCAUGUCCGUCUGCCUUCACGCCCUUGUGGCAGCGGCCCCGUGCGUGGCGGACUCUAAGACAUUGUACGAAAUGUCUAGGAUCCGCUCCCACGGAUUGGUACUGGCGGGAAGUGGCGCAACUGCCAGACAACCCUCUUCCAUGUGCCUAGAGUACGAGGACGUCUUCUCCAACGACUUGGCUCUGAGGCUGGCGAGGAGGCUCUUUUGUGCCAUCACUGCACGCCGAUGCUUUGCUGACAUUGCCGAAUGUGAUUUGAGCUUGCGUGGUAGCGAAACCGACUUUGAUGUCCUUCGACCACUCCUCAGCCAACUAGAUCUUCUGAGCAAUGAGCCAGCACGCGUCUUAGAAUUCACGCCCGCGGAGCGCCUUUUACACGAGACUCGAGUGCCGACUCUGCUCUUGGAUUGGGCAAGAGCGGUGCUGCUGAGAGAGUGGGACGGCCGACCGGAGUUUUCGAGCGAUGGCCCCUUUCACGGGGCGCUGUCUCUCGUGGCAACAUUGUACGAAAACAGGAACAUGCUCCUUCUCGGUGACGUCCAAUUCCGAGUCGACCACUUCUCCGAACGGCUGGACCCAAUGGAGAUGCCAGUAACUUGGGCAGACUUUACCUCCACGAGGCGGAGGAACCACCUCUUGGAUUACCCCUAUCUAUUCACUCCAGACGCUUUGGUUUCAUUCUUCCGUUCCAUCAACUUUUCGAGAAUGAGCACAACGUUUGAGGAGUCGAGCUCCCUCAAGACCAGGAUGAACGCUAUCGUUGACCCAGGCAGCCUGGUGACGAAUCCCCACCAUAAGCACGUGUUGCAGGAUUUACUCCGGACUGCCUCCUCAAAGUAUUUGGUCCUUGACAUUGGGCGGGACAAUGUCGUCCGCGAUGCAUUCGACCAGUUGUGGCGGCGCCAGGAACGAGAGCUUUUGCGGCCGCUCAAGAUUCACCUCGGCGAGGACGGUGGCGAGGAAGGCUUCGACUCUGGUGGCGUGCAGCAAGAGUUUUUCCGCAUGGCGAUUGCGGAGUGCCUCGAUCCCCGUUUUGGGGCCUUCACUGUCGAUGAGCGGACAAAGAUGGCGUGGUUCGUUCCUGGAUCUAUGGUUGAAGACUGGAAGUUCGAGAUGAUGGGCUUGUUGGUGUCGCUCGCCAUCUACAACGGGCUAACGCUACCGGUGACGUUUCCCAAGGCCCUAUAUCGCAAGCUCCUUGGUGAACCCGUGGAGCAACUAUAUCACAUUGCGGACGGGUGGCCAGAGCUGGCCAGCGGACUGACAACACUGCUCGAGUGGGACGAAAAAGACGGCCUGGUCGAGGACAUCUUUGCUCGCACAUACGAGUUUUCGGUGUCGGCGUUUGGGCGUGACGUUACGCGUGAAAUGACGGCGACCGCAUCUUCGUGGCCCCAGGGUCUCAGUGGAUUGCAGCGGAGAGAGUCCUUGGUGUCUGGGGAUGACGAGGCGCCGCUGGUGACGAACGCCAACCGCGACGACUAUGUGAGCGACUACAUUCGGUACCUGACUGAUAUAUCCGUGCGACCUCAGUUCCUUGCGUUCGAGCGUGGCUUCCGCGCAUGUCUAGAACUAAAGUCGCUGUCGCUUUUGACCCCCCCGAUCCUGCAAUCCAUCGUCGAGGGCAUUCAGGAGAUUGACGUCUCGGACCUGAGGCGGUACGCAAGAUACGUGGGCUGGGACUCGUCUCACCAAACGAUACGCGAUUUCUGGUCCAUUGUCAAGCGCUACGACGACAGGAUGAAGCGCAAGCUACUUGAGUUCGUCACGGCGUCAGACCGGGUGCCCGUGGGCGGAAUGCGCAACCUGCAAUUCGUGGUGCAGAAGAACGGCGAGGAGGACGGCGAAGGCGGCCACCUACCCACGGCGUACACAUGCUACGGCACACUACUCCUGCCACAGUAUCGCGACAAAGAGGUCCUUCGCGAGCGGCUGGGAAUGGCUCUCGAGAAUGCGCAGGGAUUCGGCUUUGCAUAAGCGUGUGGGUGUUGACUUUUGUACUGUAGAAUCAUACAAGCAUAGAUGGCAGGCGGUGCCGCUGUCGAUUUAAUAUGAGCGUAGCGACGAGCGCCUGACUGUUAGUC